AUGUCUGAUCCGCGAAUCGAGCUGGAGCACACACUUCGCGAUCUAUCGAUUGGCGGGAAAGGGCCGGUGAAAGAUAUUUCACGACCUACGGUGAAAGGCCUUUCGACGCCGAGCUCGGCUCCAUCCACUGCAAAGCCAAAGUCAACUAAGAAAGCUAAAGAGGUUGUCGCGGAUUCCUGGGAAGACGACGCCGAUCUCUCGGAUGAUGAGUCUGUUUCUGCUGCAUCACCAUCGCUCCUUUCUCCUACUUUGAGUACUUUGAGUACGGAGGGACCACUUGAUCCCCCGCCAACACCUAUUUCGCCACAAACUUCGCAACCUUGGGGUGCCGUGAGCGUAGGUUCUCCCUCUGCUGGCUGGCAGGGCAGUUCUGGUCCAGCAAAGCGCCCGGAGAAGCAGACCGCUGUUGCUGGGAGACUUAUCGCUGGUGCGCUGGGUAUUCGGGCGCCUAAGCGGACAGAGGAGCAGCGGGCUUAUGAUCGGGCGGUGAAGGAGCAGGAGAUUAAGAGGCGGAAUCGCGAGCGUGAAGAGGCAGCUAAAGCCAAAGAGGAUGAGGAGAAGUUGAAGGCAUCUGUUUGGACAGACUAA